AUGCAAUCAUCCGCACUGGCUUUUACAGUGAAGGAACUGCACCAUGAUCUGACACAGAGAUAUCGUAUCCACGGUGCUAGAGUCAAAGAAUUAUGGCAGCAAUUCGAUUCAUCUCAGCGUACAAACGUCUUCAGAGCUGGUGCGGCAAAUGGUGAUGUUCUCCAACAUCCUCGCGAUCGAUCAUUGGGCGAUGCAUACAAGAUGAUUCCCGAACUCAAUAUCCAGGACAUCAGCACCGAUGCGUCCUUUCUGUUGAACAUAUUGGAACAUCGCGCAACGACCGAGCUCACCCACCAAUAUGCGUCUGGUCCAAAUGGACAGAUCGGGGAUCAUCGGCAUAUUCUUAAUGCAAUUGACAAGCAAGGUCUACGACACGCACAAGCCAGAGCGCUCGAGAAUUGUUUUGCUAUGUUCAUGGUCGAAGAAAAGUACGGAUCCUUCUUCAACGUUCCAUCACAGCACAGACGAGAGGUACUUGCAAAGAUUUCGCUCGCCAUAGAGAGCAUGGUCUGUGUACCACAGGAUGUUGGGGAACUCAUUCUGAACCGUCAAAUGUAUACCCUGCAGACUUUGGUCAUCUUAAUCGAUGAUAUCUUAGAGAGUUCAGCAACGAGAAAUACCAAGUCAUGCGCAAAGAAGUCCUCCCAACCUGCCACUGCAGCUCUUGAGAAAAUGGCGCUCAAGGACCGCCCUCAGAAGCUUUCUGUACCAGAUCUCGUUAUGGCAGCAUCCGAUCAAAAGGCGUCACUCCACGAAUAUCUGAGUCUCUUGAGGAAUGAACCAGUAGUUCUAACACAUGCAGUCAGCGUGUCGUUCUUUGCGCGACCAGAACUCGUCGCAGACGAAAAAGGACGUAGGCUACCGGCCCAUACUGACCGGCACAUCAGUGCAGCGGUGAUGGAUGCAGUAGUCGGGGCUGUAGCCGACGCAGCCAUCUGGGACUACAUUUACGAGCUCGUACAGCUUCUUUCAAGCUCGGUUGAUAAGGUUCAUCGGGCUGUGGUUCUGCAAGAGCUAUCAAACGUGUGCCAUCUGGAAUUUACUCGCGCCCAAUCUUGCUUGAAACGGCGCCUUGCAACUUGCAGCGGUUCGAAGUGGUUCAAGAGGAUAUCAAAUGCUACUACCCACGGGAAUGCAAAAAUAACGACUAAGACCCAACCCGAGCAAUUGACGAGGCUUGACCCACAGCUCCACUAUCUACUUCGCCUCUGUGACCAAAGCUUGACGCCGAUACAGGCAAUCGAGUGGAUCCAGAAACUGGAUGCUCUUCACAGAGCUCAUCCUAUGGAGCGAGAAUCCCUGGUUGAGCAUGAGACCGAUGCUUUAGCACAAUUAGCAGUCAUCGUUGCCUUUAUCAGGGACCUAUCACCUGUUUUCUCAAUGCCGUCCGUGUCACGCAAGAAGGGCCUCCUUUUCGUUUCAAGAGAGAACGCCUUGGAAGAAGAACUUGGGAGGCUGAAACAUGAACUCGAUCUUGGCGAGUUUGCCGUCCCUAUCGACAACCUUCUAGAGCCCGACAUGGCCAGAUCCGCCUUGAAAGCACUGAACGCAUUCGUGAUCCAAAAUGCAGGCUCCAGGCUCGGAUCAUUGUUCCAGGACAUGUUGCAGGACUCUCUACAGGAUUUGAAGAAUCAGUACGAGCACUUCAAAGACAAGAUGGAAAAGGGGCAAACUCCAGCCGUACCCCCUGUACAGAAGCCAUCGCAGGCAGAAGUGGUGGAGCAACGCAAAGUAAAGGAGAAGACUCGGCCUGCUAGCGUUUCGGUCUUUGAUAUAUCUGGCCCGAAGAUCGAAGAGACAGCCGAAACAGUGCCGGCUCCCAAGCCGAUCAAGGUGAAGCCAGCAACUGCUGAGCUUUUCUCAACUCUUCUUGAUCCAUCGAUACAAGGUGCAUCAAUCACGUGGAUUGGCUUACAGUCAGCUCUAUCAGAACUGAGAUUUUCGAUCAAGCCAAAGUUUGGCUCUGUCUUUGCGCUCUAUCCCCCAGAGGACAUGAAUGCUAACAGAUCCUUGACGGUCCACCGGCAACAUACUUCCAAGAUUGAAGGCCACAAAUUGCACAUCUUUCGUAAACGCUUUCAAAAAGUUUUCGGAUGGACGAAGGACACCUUUGUCGUGGAUUAAAUACCAGGAGUCACCGAAAUCACUGCUGGUGGUAUUUAUGAAUGUGAGUCGAUAAAUCAUGCAAUACUUAGGCCUGAUCUUAAAGAGGCUUAUGGAAGGGGUCUCGAAUAUCGAGUCCAAGCAGGUCAUGUACUGAUAUCAUAAA